UAUUUUUAUAUAUUUUUACAAAUUAAAUUAAAGAAAAUGAGGAAUCCAUAUCCUGUUCCUGAUAUGAGUAGUGAAGGUGAAUGGAUGCCACCUGGUCCAACAUUGUCAAAUAAUGUCUCAAUAAAUGAUCGAGAUUGGUGGAGCAAAGUACGAACUCAUGAACGUCUUUUUUCUCAUCACACUCUUACAAGUAUUCGUCGAGACAGUCGCCUAAUAAAAAAUGAUGAAUUGGUACCAGUUGAUGCAUUGGAUUUUGCAUUAUCUUCAAUUUAUAUUCACAGUGAGGAUUGUAACGUACCAAAAAUGUAUGUUCCAAUGCAGCCAGAAUCAUUGAACAUGGAAACAUGGAGAGUUCUUCGAAAUGAAAUUAAUAAUGCAUCUGGUCAAAUUUCAUUAUCAAUGAAAUCAAUUCCAAAACAUACAAAUACCACAAAUACCACAAAUCAUACAAAUAGAAGAAAAUCAUCAUCAGCAUCAUACUCUGGAUCAUCAGCAAUAAAAAAUAAAACAACAACUGUAAAUAAAACAAAAAUGAAAACAAAUAAUAACAACAAAGUCAAUAAAAGUGGUCGUGGUGGUGGAAUUGGUAAAAAUAAAUCAGGUGGACGAUCAGCAAGAAGUAAAUCACGUGGACGAUCAUCAGUAUCUUCUCGACGAAAAAAUGGACCAAAACCAGUUGUUGGAAAUAGACAAAGAAAUAAUAAUAAAUUAUCAUCAAUAAAAAAUAAACGUUCUCAUAAUGAUCAAGAUGAAAAGGAUGAUGAUUCACGUGAAAGAGAACCAAGAAGAAAAAAUUUUGCUGCACAAAUGAUGGCAAUUGAGAGAAUUCAUCCAAGUAGUAUCAAGUUGGCAAUCGAUGGUCCUCAUACAGAUCAAACAAAUCCUGGCUUCAGUCGUAAAAUCGAUGGAACAUUUUACAGCAUAUAAAAUUUUCUUUUUUUUUUCUUUAUUAUAUACACGUAAAUUUAUAUAAUUUAUUUAUUUUAAUUGAAAAAAAAAU